GUAUAUGAUUUUGAGCUAUUGUAGCUUUCAGGUCUUAUAGGUCGCCAUUUCUAUAACACAGCUUACAUUCGGCGUUUAUGCCAAGUAUCUAACGGAUAGAUAGCCCAAUGUCCUUAUGAAAUAAACAGUUACACAUAACAUUGAAUUGUAGUUGAAUUAGAGUUAGAGUCGUCGGUGAGAGAAAAAGUCAAUCCCUAACCCAGUCCGGUUUAAGCCAUCGCGCUUCAGAGGGCGAGGACACUAGUCUAGCGGCUAGCUUAGCCCUAACAGAAAUUUCCUAUCCCCUAGUUGAGCCGGACAAAGCUCUACUUCCAAGCUUUGUUACCCACCAAUCCACCUAACCUAUCCAUCCGUCCAUCCAUCUAUUGCGGCAAUGCGCUCACACCCCUACACACCGCCGCCCCCACUCCCCCCGCUACUCAGCGACCUCUCCACGUAUCUACCUAACAGCGACCGUAGAGAUGGUGUGAGUGGCACUGAAGUAGGCCUGUCCGACCUAGAUCCCGACACGAGCCGCCUGCUGCCGGAGAAGCGGAGACAGCAUCGCGUGCGCGUCCAAGGCCGGCUAGCGCCCGUGCGCAGCGUGUCUAUCGCGAACUUAAGGUCGCCCCCGCUACGGGAUGCAUCAAAUAGGGGAUUCGAUGAGGCGGUAGGUGGCGCAUUGCCCAGGAGGCGACGGAGUGAGGAUGAUGACGCGGGAGGCCGGGGGGACGAGACGGGCGAGGAAGAGGUUGAAGUCGAAGAAAGGGAUACGCAACUUAGGGGGUAUGGGAUCGGUGGAAGGGGGAAUAUACGCCGACCUACGGAGGUUAUAGGGACCUCGUCAAAAACAUCACGAUCUAUAUCCUCACUCUUCUCAAGUUCGGGCUCUGGCUCUGGCUCCGGCUCGCGCUCGCCGCGUGUGGUUUCGGGUUCAAAUAUAGAUAAGAGGUGGACUUUCUCGGGGUUGUUGAAUCGUAUUGAAGAGCGGAGGUGGAAGGAAAGGAAUACUUAGACGAUAGAUAUGGCGUUGGUGGGUUUGCAUUUUGGGAUGGCGGCUUAGAUUAAAGUAAGACCUCGUACGCAAGUUCAUUGCCGAGUACGACUACAGACUCCCAAUGGGUGUCUUGAUGUAUUUCGAGGAUUAUAUAGGUAUUGGGGUUCAUUUCGGAAUAGAUCGCUCGGAGACCAAUUCACUAAGGGGAGAUCCGCAUGAAUCUAUCAAUCCAUAAAACUGACUUAUGAUUGCUACGAUAAAUACCGAAAAGGCAAAAACAACAAGGAAAAACAUUAUAUAGUCCAAGGUAGUGAACGAAAACCAACCAGACAGGAAGAAACUUGAUGAAGUACCCACCAGGUACUUGCGGUUAAUCAAUUGUGGCCCUGGAUUUUCGAGGUUAACGAACAAUGGCAACAAGCUUCUCUGAUUAUUGGGAUCGAAAUUCGGGGUAUAGCCUCAUUCAUAAUAUCAUAGAAUGAGGUCAAGGGCAAUGAAUGACCAACCCCUAAAGCUCGGAGUCGACUUUGUAAGACGGAAGAUCCACGGGAAGCAUUAGUGAUAUUUUAAUAUUGUAGCGGUGAGUCACACC